AUGGGCAGACACGCUCUUUGGGCAUAUAGGACAGCCUUCAAAACACCAAUUGGGAUAUCCCCAUAUCAGCUGGUGUAUGGGAAGGCAUGUCACCUGCCAUUAGAGCUGGAGCACAAAGCCUUCUGGGCCCUCAAGCUAUUAAAUUUUGAUAGUAAUGCUGCUGGGGAGAAAAGGAUCUUGCAACUGCAAGAAUUAGAAGAAUUUAGAGUUCAAGCAUAUGAAAAUGCCAAAAUUUACAAGGAGAAGGCUAAGAAAUGGCAUGACCAAAAGAUAGCAAGGAGAGAGUUUAUAGAAGGUCAAAAGGUGCUACUAUACAACUCAAGGCUCAAGUUCUUCCCAGGGAAGCUUAAGUCAAGAUGA